CACACGACUGCCCCGGCGGCUGGCGCCGCCGAUCCUUGCCGGUGCAGCAAUGUCUGAAUCCGGAAGCUGCGACGAUGACACCAGCAGAGUUCGUACUCCAUCUGCCGCCCGUGCAACCAGAUCCGCAGGCGACCAGUACAGGCAAGACAAAACCCCCAAUCUCACCUCUCGUUGCUCAGUCAAGCAUGCGUUCGAGGUUAUUCAACGGUUCUCAGACUUCAAGAGGUGGUUAGUUAGUGAGAUAGGAUGGGCUGGCAUGUUAGAUGUACCAUUUCUGCAGAAGCUUAAUCUCAAAUUCAGCGCCUGGAUAAUGAGCCGUGUAGAUGUACACAACAGAUCCAUUGUAAUCACAGACAAGAAGAUACUUAAGUUCUGGCCCCAGGAUGUGUCCAAGGUUUUUGGUAUCCCACAUGGGCCCCGAAAUGUUAUUGGCAGGGAUGCUACCAUCAGGCCCGACGCCAUUGAGUUCAUCAAGACCACGCUAGGCAUGAACCAGGCAGGAGCCCAUAGUCUUAAAGCUGCAGAAAAUUUCCUUAUCAGGGAGAUCACAGAGGACUCUAGCAAGAUUGAGAAAGAUUGCUUUCAGAUUGCAUUUGUUAUCUUUGUCAUGGGCCACAUAUUGGCACCGUCAAGUAAAUACGAUUAUGCCACCAUUGAUUUCUGGGGAGCCCUUGCUAACACUGAGAACAUAGCCCAGUUCAACUGGGGCGAGUACAUCAUCCAGUCCCUACUUGACGCUGUGGACAAGUACAAGAGAGAUGUUAGGAACCAGGCACAAACCAUCAACCUGUUCGGGUGUCACCUUUGGCUGCAGGUAUUCCUUCUCGACAAUCUGGACCUCGGAAUUUUCAACAAGAGACACGACGACCUACCACGGAUUAAGGUAUUCGACCAAGACUGGCUGAGGAGAACUAUCACCAUGGCCAGCGACUUAGGGAAAGGACCAAAUUCUUACACUUCAGCGCCGAUGGCUGACCCACUCACCCUAAUGCUGAAAGAACACAACGCGAAGGCCUUCUCACAUCUGCACACCGCUAGGUCGAACAUACUCAACGACAUGUUCAAGUUCACGGACAAGUUGAUGGCACACCUAAGCCGGAGGUGUGUUUGCUGCCGAGCAAGGGGUUUCACCGACUGCCCCCUCGUACUAACCGAGGGUGAAUCCGCACCCCCAGCCGAUUCGCUGCGCACGCCAGUCAACCAAAAGUUUAGUGGAGUCAGGCUGGACCUUUCCGACGCGGAAGAUAGCACUACUAGAGGUUCCGCGGGAUCAUCGAAGCGACCUCCUAUCCCUCCUGAAUGUGUUGUCAGCACCAAGAAGAGUAAAGCCGGUUUCUCGCAACGGGACACCAUCAAGGAUCAAUGCCCGCUUAUUUACACCAAGACCGAAUCGCUCUACAACGCGGCCGACCAGGAUCCUCAACAAGCUGCUGUAUUCGGCCAGCUCAGCCAUGAACUACCUAAAAGGCGAUUCUGGUUUGUCCACGACACACCCCGCCUUGUAUGUGUUAGCGGGAAUGAUGUCCUCCAGCAGCUGGCUGGUGAACACACACUCGAGCAUGAGUUGUCAUGUGCAUUAAUCAGGAGGUACAAUCAGAUUGACUUCGAGUACAACGACGAUUGCCCUUACCUUAACUCGGAGUUUGUGUAA